AUAAUAUGAGGAAAAAUUCAAUUAAUUAAAAGAAAAAACAAAAAAAAACAAAAAAAGGUUUAACAAUUUGUUCAACUUACCACAACUACCACUAAUAAAAAACACGUCGAAUAUAUUUAAACUGGAUUAAUGCUAGAAAUCAGCUCAUUGCAGCAUUAAACCGUAACUGACGCAGCCAUCUGGCCAUGCUCGUCGAGCUCUGAUUGCACGGCUGUAAAAUCAACAUGCAACACAGAGACGGCAAAUUGUGAAUGUGACAGUUUUGAUUAUGUACUUGCCAGCAACUUGACAGAAUGUCUGAAGACGUCACUGAUUGGUGACCAAUGCGAGGACACAGUUCAAUGCAAUCUUAUGCCAUCGGGAGCCAGUUGUAAGUCGGGGGUCUGCGAUUGCGCCGAUGGAUACACAUAUGUUGGUGGACGAUGUAGACUAUUGAAUGGUUUGAAUAGCUCCUGUGAAACGGAUAUCGAUUGCUUAUUUAGUUACGAUCGUGAAUCGGUUAUCUGCAGCGACAAUGUUUGCAAAUGCGCUGACGGUUAUUAUCACAGAACUGGAAAUAUAUGUCGUCGUAAAUCAAUGAAAAUUGGCGAUGCCUGUGUCGUGCAUACGGACUGUGAAGAUUUAGGAACGAAUGUGCAAUGUAAUAAUUUGAUCUGCGCAGAGGCAUCACAAAGCGACUCAGGAUCAUCAAAAACGGUUUUAAAUGCCCGCACAUAUACACCCACAUCUACCGGUGCAAACACAAACGCAGGCACGACGAGCACAAACACCCAUACGAAAACGGAUGUUGGCAAUGAGAAAUCACCGUCAUCAGAUGGUACAUCUCAACUCUCAAAAUCCACGUCAACCAAUAGCACGAGCAAAGAUACAUUAGCACUGGUGAAUGGACGUAGUGAUUUAACGGACGAUACAGAAAACGAAGCGGAACACGAAGAGGGAGGUGAAAGCGAACAAAAGCGGAAAUCACGUGAAAUCGCCGUACAAACUAGCAUCGAUGCUUUUGAAUUGAAGCCAUUGGCGACACCGUUAGUGAAAAAUGUUGGCACUGGCACCACAUCGAGCAGCAGCAGUCGACGUUUCUCACGCUAUAGGCGCCGUCAACCCGCAUUCCGCUACGACUACGAGGAUAAGAGUUUCUCGACUCUAUCGAACACGGAUGAUGAUACGGAGGAUAAGCAAUACGGCAGCUCUUGCACAGAGAAUGGAAAAGUGUGUGCCGGACUUCCGCAUUCGAUUUGCUCACGUAAUAUUUGUUUCUGCCGCACUGGCUACUAUCCAAGCAAUGGGAAAUGUUUUGCGGAGCUGGGCGAGAUAGCGGAGAGUGCCAACGAAUGUGAACACACAUUCGAUACGUCAACCAAGAAAUGUAUUUGCCAAACUAAUUACUUCUACGAAAGCAAUCUACGCUCUUGCCGAAAACCAAUUCUAUACACCUUAUCGUGUACCUCGGAUAGCCAAUGCAGUCCCUUCGGCUCUGCCUAUUGUCCUACGCAAAUUCCCAGACGUUGCACCUGCGAGGAAUAUGCCGAGUACGAUGAACUAAAUCAGAUGUGCGUCUACAAACGGGGAUUGGGCGAGUAUUGUGAAACGAAUGACGUCUGCAGUACGGUUACGAAUGCGGUCUGUACGAAUAAUUUAUGUGCAUGCAAGGAAAACUACUUAGCGAAUAAUAAUACCUGUGUACCCGGCAUCGGUGCCACGUGCACAGAAGAUGUCGAAUGCGGAGUAGACAAUUCGGCUUGUGAUCUCACCUCACCGACAAGUGAGGAAACCGGCAGAACUUGCCAGUGCAAGAAGGGAUAUGUACAUUUUAAGGAUGAGUGCCUAAAGGAAGCGGAGGAACUAGAAGACGAGUGCAUUGAAACAGAGCAAUGCACACCACUGUUGGCCACCUGCAUCGAUAAGAAGUGUUCUUGCACAUCCGAACAACACUUUAAGCUCGGAGUUUGUCAGGAAAAGAAGGCUCUUGACGAUUCUUGUACUCGGUCCACUCAAUGCUUUGUUGAAAAGGAACCGGAAAAUGUUGAAUGUCGUAAUUCGGUUUGUCAAUGCAAGUUUGGCUAUCAAGCGGAUGAAGAACAGAAGACUUGUAUACGUGUCGUAUCCAGUACCAAAAAUUCUUCCGGAAGGCCAAGUGCUCUUAAAAUAAUAACAUUCCUAUUAAUAGGAUCAGCUUUCUUAAUAACAAGUGCCGCAAUUAAACAGGCUUAUUACGAUUAAAUGUCACCUACGUUAUUUAUAUGUUAACUAAGGGGUCCCGGUGGUCUAGAGCUCAAAAAUUUAAAGUAUUUUCAGGAAUUUUUUCGUACAUAGAAGGCUUUUUAUUUAACUUCUUUUACAUACAAAAAUGAAAAUUUUUUUUUAAAUUUUAAUACUUUUAAAAACAUCACUGAAGUUAACCCAUUCGACCUGGAAGGUGUUGUUUUUUUCGGCUUUUCUAUUUAUCUGAAACACAAAACCCAAAAAAAUUAUUAGUCAGUAUGACUGUAGCUAUGCCCCUCUACUAGAAUAAAACAAAAAAAGAAAGAAAAAGAAUAUUUGGCCAAAUGGCGCUGUUUUGAA